CCCUUCACACGUUUUAGGCAUUCAAAAAGUUUUGUGGAAAAUGUAAAUAAAUACUAGCCGAAAAUCGGAAUUUAAUCGAAAAAAAGUAUCUGAAAACAUUAGAAUACAGUGAUCCGUGUGACUCAUUCGCCAAGCAAAGUGCACCGUAUUCUUAUAAACUGAUUAAUUUGACUUAAUUCAAAGCUGAGCCGACUUAAAACGAUGGAAACAUAUUCGAUGGAUGCAUUGAAAAAAAUCAUCCGGUCGAUUGCGAUAUCGGCACCGGCACAUGGUCUCUCGGUCUCAGAAUUGGCCCGAGAUUUUAAAAAUAUCGAAGGUUUCGAUUUGCCAUACAAGCGGAUGGGAUUCAAUUCGGUAGAUACGUUUCUGCUCACGAUGCCGGAUGUUGUUAGGUUAGAUGGCUAUGGACCUUCUGCGACAGUGAAACCGAUUGUAACGGAAAGUAACAAACACAUCCGGGAAUUUGUUCAGGCUUCGAAAAACAAUGCUCGCCGAUAUCGUACUGAUAAAAAUUAUAAAAACCCCCAUUCUCGAUAUCGCCAAAAUAAUAUCUCUAAUAACUACUCGAGAAACAUGCAUAAUAAUCAAACGGUUCAGCGUUAUGGCAAUUCCUCUAAUGAUGACCAACCUCGAAAGGUUUACAACCGUGAAUUUGAUUUCACCGGAUCCCUAGAAUCGAAUGGUUCCGAUUCGGAUAGUUCGGAUAGUUUACCGAAGUUUAAAUUGAAUGAGAACAAAACUCUUGAACAGGUGGCAGUGAAACCUGAACCACCGACUCAAAACGCUGAGAUCUCUCGCUCAUCGGAAGCCAUUCCGGAUAAUGCUAUAUUAACCAUAGUUAACAUGUUGGAGGUUCCUAAUGAUGCCUUGGGACUUGGAGACAAAGUCCCUGAACCACUUAUACCGAAUGAUAUCCAGCCAAAACAAUCGGUCCGCAUUUUUAUCACUGAAGUUCACAAUCCAAACCGUAUGUGGUUUCAUCUAGCGGAUAAUGCCGAGAAAAUUGACGAGCUUAUGUCGGAAAUCGACUUGUUCUAUUCGGGUAUGGACUGGAAUGAAUGGCGCCUUCAGCCGUCCAAUGUCAUGGUUGGCUUGUACUGCAUAGCAAGAUACAUGGGAGUUUGGCAUCGGGCCCGGGUUGUCAGCAACCUGAUGAAUGGCAAGGUGAAAGUUUUCUACAUCGACUACGGAACCGUAGCUGAUCUUGAGUUGAGGGAUACCAAGUUUAUGGCCAAGUGUUUUGCCGAAUUGCCAGCGCAAGCAAUGCGGGCCUCGAUGGCUUACGUUAGUCCGUUGAACAAAAAGUGGUCUAGGGAGGCUGCUUUAACACUACUUUCGUUCGUCUACGACAAGAUACUUUAUGCUUAUGUUGUGGACGUUUCUGAUGAGCGUGAAUUUAUGGACGUUGUCCUCAUCGAUACAAACGGCUCGAAGGACAAAAUAAUAAACAAACAAUUGUUCGUUAAAGGACAUGCUAUCUGGGAGGAUGAUGUGUCGUACAAAGAAGAAAGUACCGAAAGCUAUCGAAUGCGUACGAAAACAUUUAACGAGCUAUAUCCACGGUUCGAGGAAAUCGAAAACGGGGACUACCCGACGUUAAACGAAAUAGGGAAAAUGCAGUCCAAUAAUUUCGAUUUCAAUCAUUACUAUACGCAAUGCAUGCGUAGGGAUAGCGUUUACUAUAAUAUUGUAAUGUCCAGAAUCUAUACAGUUCAUCCAAAGUACGUUUUGGAUUUAAACGAAUCGCUGCCGGAAAGCGAAUCGUACCUAGAAGAAUACAUGUUGGAGCAACCGGCAGAGGAGCUUGAUUACGUGGACCAGAAGAUGUAUCAGAUUCUGUCGUCCGAAGAGUCACUAAGCAAUGGCAAUGCACAGAAUAACCGAACAGAUAUGACCAAAAUGGACGAAUCAGUGGUCACCCUGGUGAAGAAACAAGUUCGGUUUCGCGAUUGCGAUUGAUGAAUACCCUUGGUAUGCUGAUGUUCUAUAAUAUUCGAUGAAAGUUUGUUAUAAUUUGACGGAAAUGUUGCUUCCGAAAAGUGUUUGGAAGGAAUUUUUUUCUAAUGAUUUUUAUGUUUUUCUACAAAAAGUCACAAUGAUUAUUUGAAUUAGUUAGAUUAGUUAUGUCUUUGUUUUUUUUUCUGA